GCCGUAAAGCGCGGCUGCUGGCGCGGGGACUCCGCCUGCCGGACGAUGCCUCGGCGCUUUUGCGACAGUGUCGUUCCACGGGCCAAGAUGGCGGCGGCGGCACUGGCGAUGCGGGGGGCGAGCCCCGACUGGACGCACCAAGCGGAGAGCACCGGGACCACCAUCAUGGCUGUGGAGUUUGAUGGGGGGGUCGUCAUCGGCGCUGACUCCAGGACCACCACAGGCUCGUACAUUGCCAACCGAGUCACAGACAAGUUGGCACAGAUCCACGAGCACAUCUUCUGCUGCCGGUCGGGCUCAGCGGCCGAUACGCAGGCCAUCUCUGAGGCGGUCACCUAUCAACUGGGCUUCCACAGGUACUGCCUAACUCAGUGUUUCCCAACCUUUUCGAGGUCAGGGUACCCUUGACCCCGCUCUUCAUAU